GGUCGAUUGAUCCCAAAAUGUGACAAUACCUGCGAGGUGCGGUGGUGCAGUGAAUUGAAUAUCAGCCCGCUAACGAGAGUCGACAAUAGGAAGAAAAAACCACAACCCCGUUGGCGAGCGUCCUCUCCUCUCAAUAGGAGUGUAUCAGGAUCUAUCUUCUUCCAACUUUCAUCCUCCCUCGAUCUCUUUCCUACCUACCUUCCUUCCACAUUUCAUCCCAAACAAACUUCACUUCUCUCACAACAACACACUCACAUUCGCAACGAAAAUCCCAUUUUCACAACGAUGCCUCCUAAAAUCAUCUUGAACACGACGAAGAAGAAGCGCAGCGCAGCCGACGCGCAGCUCCCUGUGUUGGACUUAGAGCCUCCUGCCAGUCAAUCUUCCACCCAGGGGCCGACUCUGGGAACUGGCAAGGCGGCUCACGCGUCGGUGUCUCUUCCCUCCCAACCGGCCGUUGCGAAGGUGGGCCAGGGAAAGACUGCUGCUGUCGCUGUCUCUGUCGUUGCUCCAGCGCCCGUCGCCGUCCCCGCUCCUUCCCCCACCCCUAUCCCCGUCCCUGCCACGGCCCCCGCGACGGCGCUUCCAGAUCCCAUCGAGGAACUGAGGCUGCUGUUUGAGGGGUUGACAAUCUCGGAUCCCAUUCUGCCCUUUCCUCCAUCUCAGCUCCCAGUACAUCAAUUUUCGGACCCGGCUCAAGUGAGCUUCUUCAUCCCUGACCUGGGCUCGGCGCCGGCGCUGGCUCAGCAGGGGGUGAGACCCAUGCCUCUUGGGCAUCUGCGGUACGGGGACGCGGUCACAGACUUCCAACAGUGGGUUUAUGACCAGUACUGGAGCCGUGCGUACCAGCAAUUGCUGGAACACACGAAGAGGUGGAUCUUGGAGAGGGAGAGGGAGAGAGUCUGGGAGGGUGAUAUGGACUGGGUCAUGGAAGAGGAGGAUUGGUUCCUGACCGACGUGGAGAUGGUGGCGAUGGACCCCCGACGUUAAGUAAGUGAUCUCCUUGACCGUGAUAUCCCCCUUGAUCUCGAUCUCCCCCUUCACCUUAAU